GGCGCUUAAUUGCGUCGAGUCUGUGUUGUUUUGUGGAAUGUUCGCUGACUUUCCAACCCAAACUAAGCUGUUCAAAAUGAUGAGUUCAGGGAGAUUAUGUAUUUUUCGACUACAGAUGUGACGUUCAUGAACAAGUCGAGUCGUUUGAACGGCAAUGAAGCUGGAGGAGAGGAAGCCUUGGUCGGCAACGUCAACAAGCUGACGGUGAGCCCGCCAGGCUACUCAGGAGCUCCAAGAAAAGGACAUCUGGUUUUUGACGCUUGUUUCGAGAGUGGGAACCUCGGCCGCGUGGACUACAUCAGCGAAUUCGAGUUCGACCUCUUCAUCCGCCCCGACACCUGCAACCCUCGAUUCCGAGUCUGGUUCAACUUCACGGUGGAGAAUGUCCGUGAGACGCAGAGGGUGAUUUUCAACGUGGUCAACUUCUCCAAGACCAAGAGCCUCUACAGAGACGGCAUGUCCCCUGUGGUCAAGUCCACCAGCAGACCAAAAUGGCAGAGACUCCCCGCCAAGAACGUCUACUACUACCGCUGCCCGGACCACCGCCGCAACUACGUCAUGUCCUUCGCCUUCUGCUUCGACCGAGAGGACGACGUGUACCAGCUGGCCUACUGCUACCCUUACACCUACUCCCGGCUGCAGCACUACCUGGCCGGCCUGGAGCGCAGGAAGCUUCCCUACCUGCAGAGGGAGCAGCUGGGCCUCAGCGUGCAACAACGCCAUCUGGACUUGUUGACCAUCACAAACUGUGACCAGCUGAGUCCAGAAAGAGAGAAGAAGCUUGUGAUCCUCACAGCUCGUGUUCACCCUGGAGAGUCUCCUGCCUCUUUUGUCUGUCAAGGUUUGAUUGACUUCCUGGUGAGCCAGCAUCCUGUGGCUCAGAUCCUAAGAGAUUAUGUGAUCUUCAAAAUCGUCCCCAUGCUGAAUCCUGACGGUGUUUAUCUGGGCAACUACAGAUGUUCACUGAUGGGCUUCGACCUCAAUCGCCACUGGCAGGACCCCUCUCCGUGGGCCCACCCCACGCUGCAUGCUGUCAAGCAGCUGAUCAUACAGAUGAGCCAAGACCCUAGCGUCAGCUUGGAGUUCUACAUCGACGUCCACGCCCACUCCACCAUGCUGAACGGCUUCAUGUACGGCAACGUCUUCGAGGACGAGGAGCGCGUCCAAAGGCAGGCCGUCUUCCCCCGACUGCUGUGCAAUAACGCCGCCGACUUCUCCUUCUCCAACACGUCCUUCAACCGCGACGUGGUGAAGGCCGGCACCGGCAGACGUUUCCUGGGCGGUCUCCUUGACGACACGUCCUACUGCUACACCCUGGAGGUGUCCUUCUACAGCUACAUGACCCCCGCCAGCGCCGCGCCCGUGGCCUACACCGAGGAGACGUACAUGAAACUGGGCAUGAAUGUGGCCCGGACCUUCCUGGACUACUACAAGCUCAACAACCUCCUCACAGACAACACGCCGAGUCAUGUCCGAAGCUGUGAGGCGCCGUCUCAGGCAGGCGGAGAUGUGGCGGACAAAGAGACGGAGAGGAGCCAGAAUGUCAAGCACUGAUGGACUGAAGACCACGAGGAGCGUUAUCUUUUCUUUCAGAAACACAGAUUAUGCAGAACAAUUGCACAAUUUCCAUUAAGUCAUUAUUUACCCCAACGUUAGUUUACAUUAUUGUUUGUUAAUGCAUGCCUUCCAUAAGUAAAUCAUUAUUGUGGUAUUUAAAUAAUUGCAGUAUUCAUAUGAAAAAGUCCAUAAUUGUGGAGGUUUUUUUUUAAACAAUGUAAAUAAUGCACAUUGUUUGUUAUAGUGGGCAAAGUUAUUAAUUUAAAUUGUGCAAAGCACAUGUAUUUAUUAUUUUGGCAUGUAUCAUUCCAAUAAUUAUUAUCUCAUUAUUUCUACAUUGUGAAUGCUAUUCACAUUUGGUGUAUUUGUAUUAAUGCAUUUUAUGAUUGUUUCAUGAUUGACUUGAAGUAUAAAACGUUUGCCGUGACGUCACGUUGGAGACGGCCUAUUAAUGCAUGCCUUCCAUAAGUAAAUGUGUUAUUUUUGUCACCGUGUUAUUGUGACAUUUAAAUAAUUGCAGAAUUCAUAUGUAAAAGUCCAUAAUUGUGUAGGUUUUGUAAAAUAUCUCAUUAUUUCUACAUUGUGGAUGCUAUUCACAUGUGUAUUUGUAUUAAGGCCCAAGCUGUUUGUUUACAUGUUUUUUUGUUUUUUUUCUCUUUGCUAUUUGGUCUUAUUGGACCCAAAAUAGAAUAAAAACUAAGAAUCAUCUUUUUAUAUGAUGUACUUAGUCCAUAAGUACACAAACGUGUACUUCAUAUCUAGUGACAUGCUAAUUCUUAUUUUUAAACUUUUUUUUUUUCCAAAUGCCAUUAUAUAUUAUACUCUUCUGACACCACCAGACUGCAGUAUAAGUGUCCACAUAAGCGGCCAUAAGACCCCAAUUCAGUAGUGUACACAUUUUUGGAAAUAAGAGCUAAAAGGUGCUGUCCACGGAUGUGGCCACUAAGCCUUUUAAUGCAUGCCUUCCAUAUGUAAAUGCGUUAUUUUUGUCAUAGUGUUACUGUGGUAUUUAAAUAAGUGCAGCAUUCAUACGGAAAAUUCCAUAAAUGUGUAGGUUUUGUAAAAUAAUGCAAAUAAUGCACAUUGUUUGUUAUAUUGGGCAAAGCUAUAAUUUUUUUUUAUUUGUGCAAGGCAUAUGUGUUUAUUAUUUUGGCAUGUAUCACUCUGAUAAUUAUCUCAUUAUUUCUACAUUGUGGAUGCUAUUCACAUUUGGUGUAUUUGUAUUAAUGCAUUUUAUGUUUGUUUCAUGAUUGACUUGAAGUAUAAAACAUUUGCCGUGACGUCACGUCGGAGACGGCCUAUUAAUGCAUGCCUUCCAUAAGUAAAUGUUAUUUUUGUCACCGUGUUAUUGUGACAUUUAAAUAAUUGCAGAAUUCAUAUGGAAAAGUCCAUAAUUGUGUAGGUUUUGUAAAAUAUCUUGUUAUUUCUACAUUGUGGAUGCUAUUCACAUGUGUAUUUGUAUUAAGGCCCAAGCUGUUUGUUUACAUGUUUUUUUGUUUUUUUUCUCUUUGCUAUUUGGUCUCAUUAGACCCAAAAUAGAAUAAAAACUAAGAAUCAUCUUUUUAUAUGAUGUACUUAGUCCAUAAGUACACAAAUGUGUACUUCAUAUCUAGUGACAUACUAAUUCUUGUUUUUAAACUUUUUGUUUUCCAAAUUCCAUUGUAUAUUAUACUUUUCUGACACCACCAGACUGCAGUAUAUAAGU